CUCAUCUCUCAUUCUUGACAUUAAUGCCGAACUGAAACAAUCCUCUCUGCUCAACCUCCACGUCGAUCUCAAACUCCACACCAAUCUCAAACUUCAAGUCGAUCAAGGUCGAGUCUACAACUGUCAGUGUAUGGGCCUUGUUGAUCCACCUCCGAUUUGGUAAACCAAGUGAAAAAGCGAAGAAGAUUGUUGAAUCGAAUGAAGAAGAUAAGAAGAUGGUUUUGGGUGUGGGGUGGAACUGUUCGACAAUUGUUAUCUACUGUGGUUUCUCUUUUUUCAUGGUCUCAAAUCUGUAUAGGGAGAUUUAGGGUAGUUUAAUGGAUUGCUUGAUUUGAGUUGGUUAAUUUUGUGGAAAUGAUAAUGCCGAUUUAGGUUAUUUGUGUUAGGUUUGAGUUGAGAAGAUAGAUGAGGCGCUAGGUCUGGAUCCGUGUGGAGGUUGAGAUCGACGUGGAGUUGCAAAGGAAUUGAUUAGGUUAACCUCGGUUAAGAGAGGGGAGGGAACUAUGAUUGAGAGAUAAAGUUGAAGUGGACCCAUUUCUUUCCAAGUCAGCAUGCCAGCUAUGCACUGGGAUAAACUGGGACUGAUUUUAUUGGGAUCCGUAGAGUUAUUGUUUUACAGGUAGUGUCAGACAGACACACACAGUGGAAUUAUUAAGGCCAAUAAUUGGUCCAAGACAGUUGAACUAGCUGACUAGAGAAGCCUACUAAGCCCAAUUUCAUUGAUCGAAGUCCAAACUCCAAAUUGGGGUACCCGUUCAAUGGAGGCCUUUUUCGGCCCAAUUUGCAUCUCCUUCUCCUUAGUCCUUCCUCUCCGUCUGCUUCAAAAUUGCCGUCGCUUGACAAGCUAUGACUCUCAGAUCUGAAUAACACGUAAAAUGGAACAAAAACAGGCUGUUAAAUCAGAAAUAUCAUCAUCAGAGGCAGUCUUACUUGGAGCGCUAGCUCCUGGUGUUAACGGUCCCACAUGGAACACGCUAAGAUCGACGUUUCUGAUGCUGGGUAUGUGUCUUGCUGUUAUGCUGGGUUUGGCGUUCUCUGCCAGCGACUCGUCAUUGAUGCUUCAUGUUACCUUUCUUGUUGUAAUCGCUGCCUCCCUCUUUGCGCUUCUAAAUUGGUUUCUCGCACAGACUGGUCUGGUUUCAGUUGAGCAUCAACUGAAGGAGAUGGACUUAUUACCUAAUGACCACCAAAGUUAACUGGGAAGAGAGGAGCUUCUAAAUCAUCUGUAUCCAUAUUCAGUUGCUAGCAGAAGGGAUCAUCACUAAAAGGGAAGACCUGUAAGAGCGCCUACAUUAUGGCAGUUUAUACAAGAGCAUUAAUACACUGUGAUCCAAACAUACCUGAAGAAAUGAGAAGAAAAUCUAGGAAGAAUGAUGAACAGAUUAUUGAAGCUCCUCUAUUCUUUUUGGUCUGUUCCUGGCAAACAUGGUUGUUUCUCAUUCACUCUUUGCAUCCUUCACUUUAUGUUCGCUCUUUUUGGACUUGAUGAAGCAGAAACAUGAACACCACGGCAACUGCAACAAGAAUUUCAUCUGCACUAUGUCCGAUGAUUUUGAAUGUGCAAAACUGGAUGUGUUCAGAUGUCCCUUUAAUUACGUAUAUAUAAAGCCACUGCCCCUUAUUUUAUUAUCUGAUAGUUCCUUCCCUCUCU